AUGUUCGGCCUCUCCAGCUCGUAGGUCUCUUCUCAGCCUGGUUUCGCGUCACGUUGGUCCAUUUUCUACCAACAGUGUUUACCUUAAUAAAUUAGAAACGCGCUAUUUGGCAAUAAUUUCUGUGCUCUAGACACUCCAUUACACACUUACAGUGCGUGACUGAUCUCAUGAAAUGUUGGCCAAAAUUCUGGAAUGUGUUUCCCAUUAGGAAGGAUUACUUAAGUGGGAUUCUUAUACUUCUUAUCAUGCAGCAUAAAACUAUAAAAUUUCGGACUCGCCAGGGUGUCGGCACUUCUUUUUGACGUCCUGUAGAAACCAUACUCGGUAAAAAAAGGCUACUUAAGUAGCAUGCAUUUUUUUGAUUUUCGAUAGUCUUAUAAAUUCAAAUAUAUUUUAUAGAAAACGUGCACAAAAAUAUGUCUUCUUUUGCUCAUUGGGUAGGAAAUCACAUUGUGUUCGUAUUUUAUUUCCAGAGAAAGUGAAUAUUUGGGUUCUAAAAAGUUUUUACUAAUGAGAUUUUUAAGACCGUGCGAUGUCCAUGCAUGCAAGACCGCACAUGUCCAUUUAAUGAUGCCCCUCAUGAAACGUACAACACAGCCCAGAUCCAUUGCAACAUUUCAUGAACUCUAUGUGGUAUCUUCUUAGAGGCCUAGAGGAAUAUAUGAUUUUCCUUACGCGGAAAGCGUGCAUCUUGUAGACGAAAAUUGCUAAACGCUGGUGCAAUGGCAGAUCAGGCUGAAAAGUAUUCGGGAAAUUUGGAAACUUUUUUAAAUCCUAAAUACACACUUUUUCUAUAAAAUAUAUUUGAAUUUAGAAGACUAUUGGAAAUCAAUAGGAAAAAUCCGUGCUACGUAAGUAGUCAUUUUUUACCAAGUAUGGUUUCUGAAUACACAUGGUUUCCUAAAUACACACUUUUUCUGUAAAAUAUAUUUGAAUUUAGAAGACCAUUGAAAAUCAAUAGGAAAAAUCCGUGCUACAUAAGUAGUCAUUUUUUACCGAGUAUGGUUUCUGCAGGGGGUCAAAAAGAAGUGCAUUCAAAAGUCGACACCUAGGCGAGUCCGAAAUGUUAUAGGGUUAUGCUGCAUGACAAUCAGUAUAACAACCCCACUUAAGUAAUCCUUCCUAAUGAGAAACGCAUUCCAGAAUUUUGACCAACAUUUCAUGAGAUCAGUCACGCACUGUACUUGCGAUCUGGCUAUUUAGGGACUCGAUAUGAUAAAGUUUUUGACAUUUGUCAGUACGUCCUUAUAAAAUUUCUGGCUCAAACGCUAUGACAAUAUGUUUCACUGAAACAGACAAUGGUAGCUAUUAUACCAGCAACUGUAGUAAUGAUUUUGACCCCAUUUAAUCUGGCAGUCUUGUGUAGACGCGACAGUUCGACUAUCGCGAACGAUGAUGUUCACCGUGUGCCGCCGCAGCAUAACGGGCGCAGAACUGUGACUCGCGUGUGAAUUGUCUUAUAGGGGUAGCAGACUUGUGCAGCAUCUGUCGCACUCCGCUCUCAUUCGUCUGGGCUGGGUGGCAAUACAGAUUCAGGACGACCGGAAGCGGGCUUGGGCGCAGUGCCUGGGAAAGCUAAACGGUCCUUCUGUGCAUGCCACGACAGUUCGACCGUCGUGCUCGACGAUGUCCACCGUGUACUCCACAGCAAGGUGAACCAGGCACGGUGACUUGCGCGUGAAUUAGUUCAUGGUGAGAGUAGACUUUAGCAGCAUCCACUACACCCCCCCCCCUCACCGCCUGGACCCGGUGUCAAGACAUUGUCAAGAAGACCGGAGGCGGGAGAGGGCGCAGGUGGCUGGCACGGCCGGACUCGCACCUAGGCGUACCACUACAUCCCCUGGUCCAUAACAAACACUUGACCAGAAUUUUAACCAGCAACAGCACCACAACGGCUUAGAAAGACUGGGGAGCCAUGCACGUGACCCGUAUACGCAGUAGGAACGCAAGCGCAUCUACCGACAGGGAAAACUGCCAGCCCGCACCAGGCUGCGAGAGCCAAGGUUUUUUGAUCAUGAUAUAGAAGAUUCUUACAUACCAUGAGGCCCAGAAGAGUGAUCCGCAGCCUACAUUUAGCUUAGGCCUUCACCCUUCAAAGGCUGGGCAACCACUCGGUCAUCGACUGAGAGGCACUACCCAUAAAGUACACACACCUCACAUGUGUGAGAGUGCCAGAGGUCAUGUUAAGAAGAAGAAGAAGAAGAAGAAGAAGAAAAGAAGAAGAAGAAGAAGAAGAAGAAGAAGAAGAAGCCGUGACGGCCUGGCUCUCAGCCCACCGGUUCGCCCCUCCACACAACACACAACUGAGCAGACUGCGUGGACUGAGUUAAAGCGUCCGUCGGCAACCUUCCAAGCCACGGCGCUUGGCUCACCGUGGUAGUCUCAGACUCGGAUCGCACAUGCAGCAGAGGAGCCGCAUGGUGAAGGAGUCGGGAAGCACACUUCCCACUUGCGUGGUAGGUGGCAAUCGAGUGCUUGCGAUGGGUGACGUUAUGGUGCAGCUGCUGGUGAGGGGUGGUGUGGUGUAGCCGGCGGUUGUCAACCGCAGGUGUCCAUGAAUGCGCAUGUGACCUAAUAGGCCCAUGCGGUGGCGGAAUGUGCGGAGACAGUAGGGGCAGUGUAGGCGAAUGCGAUGCGGGGCCAGGCCGAAUUUGUCGCGGGCGACAGCGAAGAGUUCCAUGCUCCUUUCCAUGUCCCCUUCAGAGGUUGCGUUGAGUCGUCAGCAAAGAGAAGUUCAUGGACGGUAGUUGUGGAUGUAGACGAGCGGAAAUGCAGUCGCCGGCGGUUGAGGAGUUGGCCGUCCGUCCUGUAGGCGACGCGGAUCUCGGGACGUUCAUUACGGCAGACGUCCGUUAGCAUGGCAGGGAACAUGAGACUGAAGAGGGUAGGCGCGAGGGCGCAGCCUUGCUCCACUCUGUUGGUGUCUGCUAAUGCCUCUGAGACGGCUCCAUUGUCCGUGACGCGCGCCGUCUUGCCAUCGUGGAGCUGACGCACCAUGUGAGUGAAUCGUUCGGGACAGCCGAAUUUCUGCAUGAUUUUCUAUAGUAUUUUGCGAUUCACUGCGUGGACGGCUUUCGUCUGAUCCACAAAGGUAGAGUAGUGGUGGAUCCGCGUCUUCUAACAGUUCUCCUGCAGCUGCCCCUUGGUUGAGGCUUUUGACGGGAUGUGGCCGCUAAACAGAGCCCAGCUUCUUUGAGGUGCUGAUGAAAGUUUAGGGACAGUUAUUGCGGUUGUUGCAGUCGCCAUUUUUGUGUGGAAUAUGUAGUGUACCCUAGCGCUCCCUAGACCUCAUAUAUGCAUGGAGCUUCGCGAUUACACUGUUAAUUUGAUUUAUUGCCUGUUUUCCUUUGGAACCCAUUUGUUCUUAUGGGGGAGGUCUUUGUCAACCUUUAGGGAGGCGUGCCUUUUCUAUUUAAAUGGGGGUAUAUUCACCUUUAUCAUUUCACCCAUGACUUUUAGUACUCUGCACUGGUGCUCCCUAAGUUAUCUUUCGGCCGGCAGUAUUGCUAUUCAUGUUCUUUUUGAAAUCUAGAGCUCUUUCUGCGACGUGAUCAUUUUUUCCCGAAAGUAGACUAUUAACGCAGGUAAAGAGAUCAAGAUAAGAGCACUUUUGCUUCUAGUUUUUGAGGCUUAAAUUGCCACUUGGGGGAGUGUUCUUGAAACUUUUUCAAUCUGUGUUCUGAAAUGUUGAUUUCCACUUCGCGAGUAUUUGUGCCAGACAUAGAAUAUUUGCCUUCUGUUGAUGCAAGUGGAAUCUUUUCACUCUCAAAUUCUUCCUAAGCUGACUUCCUGCCGGAGACCAUGAGCGUAUGUUUUGUGACGAAGGUCCAAAUAUCUCAGCCUGGGAAUUCGACCACCGUAAGAUACGCGGUUGGCCACUCUUCACACAAAGCAGCGGUGACUGUCGUGUGGUUUUAGUAUUUAUCGCCAGUAAGCAUGAAGAUUGGGAAAAAGCACUAUUUAAUGUUCCUUCUUCUAUCUGCUUUUUCUGAAUAGGGAAUAUUUUCUGCCCAGAAGUGGAGCCAUUAAAGCCCUUGAGGAAGAGCAAGAAUCCUCAGCCAACCUUGCUCGUGACUUUCUUGUGAGUCGGGCUUUAUGUUAAGUUUUACAAGUUUCGUUUAUAUUCGCUGAAUCUACCUCAUCCCUUCCACCCUCUAUUCUCUCCUUGUCUCGCCCCCAAGUACUUUCUAUUUAUUCUCUAGCAUUUCACCAUCACUGCUCAUUUAUAAACUUUUGUUUACAUGUUUUCUCUCCACGCUUUUGUUCUCCAGGUUUUCUUAUCUGUCACGUUGCCCAUGAUGUAUGCCCACUUCCUCUUGCUUAUCCGCCCUGUUUUUUAACUUUUUCCUUCGAUAUCUCCUAUUUGCACCGCGUCCUUAGCUCCCUUUUCUCGCCGCCUUUUACUGUAGAAUCUUGUAGUUUUCCGAUUUUUCGGUCUACCGCUUUCACCCAGCCCCCCAAUAUUCGUCCCUCCCUCGUAAUCUCCUUCACCUCUUCUGUUUUUUUGUUCUGGUUGCUGGGUGCUUGCAGUAUUUCUGCUCUUUCCAUUAACCUCCUCAAAGCCAACUCCUUUCUAUAUCCCCAUCCUGUAGGACGGACUUCCAAGUUUUGAGGACAUAGACCUUGAGUCUGAGGCAUUCGCGGCUCUACCAACUUCUGCCCAGGUACACGUGCUCCUUAUUCUGCAAAGGCAUCUGAGCUCAAGAAAUGUGGCAUGUCAGAAGGUCAUAGAAACAGUAAGUGCAUAUCGCAGUUGUCUAUUAUGCAUUCGGUAAAUCCUCUCUCCUCUCUCCUCCUUUCAUGUCUCACUCGUACGGGUAGACUAUGAUAAGAUUGCUCUAAUGUUUCUAAAAAAAACCCAAAGUUGCUGUUUUUUACGGACUUUGUGUCAGGUCAUUCUCGGCCAUGGAUCUGAGGACAUUCCGGUCCCUCGCCUUGGGCCACUGACCCCCUAACAUCGCCUACGUUAAGCCAUAACAUUAUACAUUAUUCGAACUGAACUGAGGUUUAACUCACGCGACUUCCGGGCUAGAAGUUUGCGUGUGAUUGACCAGAGACUGCGGAUAAUCUCGCUAUGGGAUCUGUUUUUGCCUGCCUUUUCCUUUGCCCUAUCGUUAGAAUAUUAUUCUUGCACUACUUUCUCUCGCAGUCUAUUCCUACACUUUUUGACGAAAUUUCGUUUUGCCCGCCGGACUGAUAAAGGUCGGUUGUAACUGGUGAUUAAGACGCUUCGAAAACUUGGGUCGCGCUACGAAGUCAGUUCCCCAUUCCACUCCUCUUAAUUGACUAACUACUGAAUUGUAGUGAUCCCUCCUUAACCCCGGUAAUUACGUUCCAGAACCCUCGCGAAAAAUGAAAGUCCGCGACGUAAAAACCAUGGUUUUUGUGGUUAUUUUUGUAUAUUUUAAGCUCCUAUAAACCUAUCCGCAUUUCUAUAACUUUCUCACAGCUCAAAAGAAGAGGAGGCGUUCACCGGGAGGAGUUUAUUAGAGGUCUGACGUUUCGAGUAGUUGCUUCGUCCACCCAUCUUCAGAGACUGGGAAGUCAUGCGCACAGCUCUCCUUAUAUGGCGCACUUUGUUUGAUGUGUGGCCCGCCAAUGCCGCCUGUGUGGCUGCAUCCGACCCGCAUGUCACCGUGACUUGAGUCACCCCGCCCUCGUCAGCCGCGGAGAUAGUUGAUGGCCCCGAUUGUCCCGCGCCUUGACUGUCCCCCGUAAAUAAGGUUCGUAAAGUCAAGUAGGGCGGGGGGAGGCAAAUUUAUGUGGCGGUUGACAGAGCAGUCGGUGGACAUCCAGGCUUCUUGCAUCUGCCUUGCCGUAUGAGCAUCACCCCAGCCCACAAUCUCAACGGCCUCAAAGUUGAAGAUGCGUCUCAUUUGCGCGGCAUGGAUUGCUACCUCCGACUUUGGGCCCAACCUUCGCACGGCCAACUUAUGCUCGUGCAUUCGCGUUUGCAGCUGUCGGCCGGUUUCCCCAACGUGGUUGCACUUCCCGCAGCUGCACUGAAGUCGGUAGACAACAGCAGAUAUCUGCUUAGGGAUCGGGUCUUUUGGCCGCAUCACUUGCCAGCGGAUUGUUGAGUCGGGCCUGUGGGCAACGCCUAUUCCGAGCGGCGUGAGGGAUCUAGCUACGGCUUCGGAGACCCUUUUCACGUAUGGAAUGCUCCGCCACGAUUUUGGCUGACUAUGUUCUUCAUUCCGCUUCCUUUGUUGCCUUCGGCUCCGUUCAACGAAGGCGCAUCACCUUAAAGACUGCUUUAAUUGUGCUUACGGCGCCCCUCAAAUCUGGCCCCGUCGGUUUCUAUUGGGUUUUGCAGUGUUUCAUUUAGAUUUCCUCUCCUAGCGAAAGAUACCACUUUGGAGUAGACUUCCCGCCAGUAACUGAACCAAUCAACCGCAAUAUCUACCAGUAUGCUUUGGUAAUUCUUCCAAUUGAAUUCUGUUGCUUCAGACACAAACUAGCACCAGAAUACAGUGAGGUCUUCCGUUCAAAUCACAAUAAUGGAAGAAUUCGUUCUCCUUUCAUACUGAUCGAGCAGACUGGCAACCCUUUCUGCUGUGCCUCCAUACCGGCACAUUCCGUCCACGGAUCUUCUUCGUGAACAUCACCGGCCCAUCGCACUUGCGACAAUAUUUUUCCUCGAUUAGGAGGCUACGUCCGGGGGCGAUAUCAUGACGUCGCUUCUUCACUGUGCACCUCUUCAGUAUAAAACUCUCGUAAUAACAUUUUGAAGGGUGUGCUGAGAUAUGAGCAAAAGGUGAAGGUAGGAAUCACUCUAUAGUAGCAUCAUAAACCCUUUGUACUCUUCGAUACUAGGUAAGAUUCGUUGAAAUUAGGAUACUUGACCGCGUGUUCUGAUCGAGUAGUUUCCCGGCUAUCCACCAGUAGCGUCCCAUUUACAAGAUCACCAAGGCAAACCAACUGAAGAAGAACGAAAAGACGCAGUGUCCGCUUAACUCCGCGAAGCAACGAAAUAUCUGUGAUAUACCUAUAUCAAGAUAUGCUUGUUUAUGAAGGCCGCGAAAGUCGAUGCGCGAUGUAGCAAGGAGUUACUGUAUUCCCAUAUUGACUGCUUGCAAUGACGCGAGCAAAGAGGCUACGUCCUCCGAAAUAUAACCAAAUAAAUAACUUUCUUCUGAAUUUCUCAGAUAUUUUGCUCCAUCUUUAGACCAUGCAAUAAGGAGGUCUAAGCGUCACCGAUUUUUCUCAAUUUUCGUUCGCUCCUCGUUAUGCGACUGCUCAAUGAGGGUGUGGCGACCUAGGUGCUGAAAUCAUCCUAACCUAGGGCCAAGUGUCCCUUAGGAGUUGAAUAGACACCUAAAGGAAGGUCCUGGUAAGUGCGUUGACCGACCGUCAACUCACGUGCGUCAGCGUGACCGAGCCGGAUUCGAGUAAGUGUGCUGUUGAGGUGCUCGGAGAGCGUUUGCUAGCGCCAUCGCUUGGCUGACGCGUUGCGCUUUCGACUAGAAGGCAUCGGUUACACUGGUUUCGUUGUGUUUGGCACGGCUACCAGCUCGAGGCAAAAGGUUGCGGUCUAAACGGGUUCUAUAUCGAGGUAAAACGGUACUUCCGUGUUCCGUCCUGCAACCAGGUCUGGUCGCUGAACGACGCUCGCCUGAUUUUGAAGGAAGCAUGCAUCGUGUUUCUGUCUCCUGCAGCCCCCUUUUUCUACUGCCUUUUGGUCACCCCCAUAAUAGGAGAACGAGUCCUCCACCAGCAACGCAUUCUCCACGUUCCAAUUAAAUCGCCUCAUGCUCCGUCGCAAGUUGACCAUCAAACAGGCCCAAAUUAAACAGCGUCUGGACGAAAAGGCCCUCCAUGAGGUCGUAUCGAGCCUCGACGCCAGAACAGCUGAUCUAGUCGGAGUUUAUUUCGCCAGAGACCUUGACAGCGGUGUUCAGGUCCAGGCAGCACGUAUCGUCUCCCAGGACCAGGGCCACGCGAUCCUGUUGAAAAAAACAUCUUCCUCAAAACCCUCCGCCGUUUCGGCAUUAGAACGCCUUAAACGGUUGGUACCUUUUUCCCCCAAAUUUUCAUACAGUUUUCUGUACAUACACGUAUGCCAGUCCCUGCCUUAGGACACAUUAAGUUAUAAAAGCAGCAUGGGUAUUUGGAGAGCAACUUUUCCCUUCCAAAAAGUCAGCCAUUUUCGGCCAAUGAAAGCGCAGCGAUAAGGCGCAGUAACUGCCACUGUUAUUUGCACUUGUAUUCCUGCCCCGGUGCUUCAAAGCUCGGGUAUCAACCAGUCUUCGAAUUGCUUGGGCUAGACGCACGAGAAUCUCUGCCUAAACUUUACCUCAAUCAGGGGGCUUUGUGCGUAUUUGAAGAAGAAGAAGAAGAUAGGCUCUCCGGAAGAGGCUUUUUUAAGUGCUGACGUUUCAAAGAGCUGGGUCGGCUCUUCAUUGUCAAAGCGUAAAAUGCACUUAAUCGAUCAGAAAUUUCAAGUGGCACUUUAUGUUGGUCGGCCUCAUGCUGAUCGAUGUUUCUAUCCUCUCGCUGUCUCGGCCUCUCGGGAGAUGGUUGACGGGCGUUUUGCCUGUGGGCUUUGUGAGUCACCACUCCGUCGGGGGGAGCUGAUUGAGCCUCUGUCGGGCGGUCGCUCUGGCGGUUCUUGUUCUGCCUCACCGAGUAAACUCAGCAUCAGGCUAUCUCCGUACGGCCUUCUUAAGUCCGGUGUGGUUGUUUGGCCCUGAGCUCUACGAUUGUGAUGACGUAGGACUUUGUAAGCUGCAGGAAGGUCCAGAUGCCUGUUGGCAGAGUGGGCAUCGGCGAACCACGCCUCGAGAGUUAGCCGUUCUGCUUUUGUGUUGCCUAGGCCUAAGAUGGUAGCCCUGUGGAGAUCAAAAGUAUGCCCUGUUUCUCCAACGUGUGUUGCUAGUUGAGAGUUAGGGUUUAACCGCCAAGUGGUCGAUUUGUACUCUUGUAGGCGACCUGAUUAUUAAGCUUACGAGCAAUUUGUCUGCUAUUGUCGGAAAUUUGCUCUGAAUCCAGGCCGCCAGAUUGGAUAGCAACCAUGAUUUAUAGCAAGCACGUAUAAUCUACUAUUCUCCAGCCUUUGUCCCACCCAGGCUUUCAGCAGUUAGUCCCAAGCCAGGGCUCACGCGUACACAUGCUUCACUGGUAAGACUCACCUACUGAGCCUAUAACAUGUUUAAGUUACCCAGUAGCGUACAAUUUCUCGUUUCUUGUUGAAUAGGACAACUAUAUCUUGAGCAUUUUAAGCAUCUGUAGUGGGAUUUUUAAAUUGAGGAUCUUUAGACGUAUGCGUUAGUUGGAAAUUUGAAUUUUCCCUUCAAAUUUGCAGUAAAUAUGAUGACGCGUGGGACUCAAGGCCACAUCUAACCAUGGAAAAUUUUGUUUCCACAGAAUUGUUGAAAACACUAAUUACCCCUCCUUGAAUUUUAAAUUUUCCAUGACUAGAAAUAGGCCGCGGGCACAAACUGAUGAAGCUUAGUCAUCGACUCUGCGUAGUAUGCGAUAGUCUGACCGUCGCAGUCAAUGACACCACUGCUGUUCCUAAAGCUGGUCGCGGAGGGGACUUUCGCGUUAGUUUGCGUUUGGCGAAACAGACUUUCGUUGCAUCAAUCUCACUCUACUCCAAAGCGCAUCUUUAUUCGAUGGCAGGACAAAAUCAAGGCGAUCGGAGCCGGAUUUUUAAGCAGACCAUCUACACAUUUUGUACGGCCUAGUUCAUAACUAUAUGUGUCAGGCUUCAUUCAAGAGGCCUUGGAUCUCACGUGAAUGUGAUUGCCAUAAAAGUCGCAUUAGUAAAGAGCCACUGCAACUGUUCAGUGUAGAACCAAAAUGUCCCGUCAAUUUGCGACCAUCAAAGCCACGACUGAUAGCGUGUCUUAAUAGAUUCAGACAUGUCAGAUUUAUUAUUGUGUGGAAUUCGUUGAAGUGCUAUAUGAGAUGAAGUCCUCAGAGUUGGCUGUCACCCUCUCUUCCACCUCCCGUUCACCAGUCGACUGUCGGAGCUUGUUGGUCAUCUGAUGUUGGGGUUGAGCGCAGUGGCCAACAAGGCUGUAAGAGCCCGUCAACGCGUAUCACAUACGACCUGGUCAGGGGCCAGGUUACGCUGCGGAACAUGCUUCCCAUUGACAUGAAAGAUGCAUGUUUUUGCGUGUAACAGGUGAUGUGUGGUGUAGGGGUCGAUUUGGCGAGGUGUGGUGAUGGAGUUUGGUCUGCAGUGUUUUACUGCAUAUUUCAAUGGAGUCGCAUAUGACUGAGUAGACACAUGCGGUAGCUGAUUGACUGCAGCCCGUUGAAGCCUCUGUGGUGGGGGUAUUUUAAUGUUUCUGUCCUUGUUUCGCCAGUCUCAGUGCAAUGAAUUCCUUAAUGACCGAUUUGGCCAAUGUAUGAUGUGAACGUGCGAUCGCAGUGGGCGCAGGUUGGGAUGAAGUGGGGAUUGGUAAUGGUGGUGGCGGUCGUGGUUGUGGUCGUCGUCGACGCGGAGGUUGGGGCACUGAUGAUGGCGGUGGUAGUAGGCGGCAGGGCGUUCGUAGUUUGCUCGCCGGUGGUGGCGUACGCCGCCAUGGUGUCUGCGUUAAGGGCUGACAAUGGGAGCGUUUCCAAUGUCGGUACAUGGAGUUGUCGGGUUGGUAUUCCAUUGGGUCCGAAAAUGUUCGACGAGGCCAAUCCCUGCGCGAAAUGUCCUCUGAUAACAUCGGCACGAUGGAAGGGAUUUCGGUUCCGCGGCACUUAAGACUUGCGAGCGCGCUUUUUGGCUCUGACAGUAGUGAUGCGGUCGGCCUCGUAGAUUGUUGCUACAGGGUUCAGUGCUCUUUUCCAUUCCAAUCGGUCCUGCAUGAGGUCAUCCGUUUUUUGAGGUAAAUCCGCAGAUCGUUGCUUUUGCCCUCUUUGGCGAGCACCCGUAGCCAUGUCGCCGUAGAAGAGUCACUUGGGUUGACACUCCUUAUGGAUCCGCGCGAAGUGACCGCUCCAGCGCUGUUGUAGUUGCCUCAUCCUUCCGUGGAUGCGGAGGAUUCUUUUCAGUUCCCAGACUUCUGCCUCAGUAUCUUGUCCUGCCACCUUAGCCCUCCGGAUGCAGCUAAGAUGGUAGUGGUUGAGUUUCCUGGCCUGAUUGACGUAGACUGUCCAGAUUUCCGCCCUGUAGAGUAGCAUCCUUAGGACUGCCGCCCUGUGUAUCUUGAGUUUUGUGUUGAUAUGAAGGCUGCAAAUUAGGCCGUCUACGCCUGCCAGAAUAUCUGGGUUUCAUGUCUCCCACGUAAGUGGUAUGUGCACAUUCUUGCACGCGACAGUUCACCGGUCAUGCCGGCGCUGUAAAAUAUCACAUGCAUGCUGGACGAGUGUUGCUGAUAAGUGGGGUAGAUUCGUGUGUGGCCUGGGGAUGCUUGCGUGUGCAGGUGGGGCGAGGACUGUUUUACUGAAUAUUUUUUUGAAUAUGCUUAUUGGCCAAAUAGGCCGAUACGACGACAAAGUGUCCUGGAACAGAGUGGACUGGUGACACGUGGAUGACAGGUGUAUUUUGGCACCCUGGACAUCGUUCCUCUGGUCUCGGGCAGACCGAUGCAUGCUGCCAAUGCGGGGUCGAGGUAGGAACAACUUGGUUCGGUAGUGGUGAAGGAGUUGUCACAUGGGAGGCGGAUUAGUCGUUGUGACAUUGCGGUGGAUCCCACUUCCGUGUACACGUAUAUCACCGAAUGUCCCAGGGCAGUGUUCGCAAAUCAGACGUGAAUGCCAGGCGUAUGUAAGGGCUCCAGAUAGUGGAUUCGCAGGUGACCGACCAGGUAAGUCCGUGGUCGGAAGAUGUGAUGGUGGUGGAGAUAGGUCACAAAUGAAUCCCCAUGCCUACUGCAAGGGGCGAUGGUUGUAAUAGUGGUCAGAAUGACAGGACUCAUCACUGACGAUGUUGAUGUCAAUUUUUCGGAGAUUUUCAACGAGUCCAAUCCGCGGUCUGAAUGCCGGCUGACAAUGUGGACACAGUGGCACCGUUUAUUUGUUUGCAGCGUUGACCCUCUUCGCCUGAGCUACUGUCUGCGAUGAGCUUCGAAGAUUAUUAUUCCGCUUCUCACGGCAGUUUGCCAUGUCCGCCGAUAAUUUGCAAGGCCUUCCUAGGUCUCAGGACUAAUUGCUAUGUAUUAGAAAGAGAGAGAGAGAGAGAGAGAGAGCCAUUUAGAAUGUCGACGCUUUUACUCGUCUUGUUUUCUGGCACACCAAACGAUACCACCAUAAAAUAGCCGCUCGGGCAAGCGCCUGUCAACCAUCCUCAAGAUGCGGCCGCUUCAUCUCAGUUGCAUCUGCUUAACAUGACGUGGAUGCUAGGGACGCCGACUUCUUCCAGGAACUCUGCGUCUGAUAUCCUUUCCUGCCAGUCGCCUUUGUUAUUCCACAGAAGUAGCUAAGGUAAAAAAAUUUUUCGCUUCCUUGCUUGAUUUUCUUAGACUGUCCAUGUCUCCCCUUCAUAGAGGGGCAUUGUCAGAACGACAACCGUUUACAAACUCCGUUUUAUGUUUAGAAAGAUUCCGCACUGUCAUCCGCUAGUCGUAGGUUCUGGAUACAGGUCUCUGUGGCUAUCAAAGAGUUGCCGGUUCGCCGGUAAAAGCGAACGAUGACGGUGUCCUGGAAGUUCCGGGGAGUUUAACCCUGUAUCCACAUCUGGCGUGGUGAAGCAGGCUAGUCCUUUUCAGUUCAAUUCAGUCCUUGAGUUGUGGGCAACCGUAUCUGUAAAUUCAAUAUUCAUAAACCAUUAUUACUGAAGUACCAUGCAUCGCACCUGAGGUUUCAACUAGGUCAUUUUAUCAUUGAGCCAAACUUACACGGCAUUAUCGGUAAGAACAGCAUUGAUUACUAGUUGUCAUGAGAAUACUGUAGACACUCGAGUCUAACGCUGAACUAAAACAUCCACUUCCGACCUGAAAGCGCGAUCGGUCGGUGCACGCCACUCCCGUGUGACCAAAUUUUCCCGACCCCAGCCUGUCUGAUGUGAGUCCGAGCUACAGUAGUGAGGAUGUUGCUCGUCGAUCAGCUUUGGUUCAGAUCCCGGGUGUGCAGUCUUUGGUUGAGACAUCAAAGGCGAGUCACGUCGACUAAGGCAUUCCGAUUUCGUCGUCUUGGUCGACAAAAACUCCAGUAUUGGUUGUUAGUCAUCAAACGACCGCGUCCGUGGGCCGUAGACCUUCGACUUCAUAGCCAAAUGGAAAAUGCAUAUUUUCAUCCUGAAAUCAGAAUAAAUUGACUUAAGACACUACUGUAGAACAAAAUGCAAACAAAAAAAAUCAACAAAUUCUGCCUGACACUCGGUUUACAUAUGCGUACAUAAAACGCGGAGGAAGCCAAACACCCCAUAGAAAACAAAAUGCGAGUAAGUUGGACCAAAAGGUGAAACCAGUGAUAAGUUAAACAUGCAGUCAGCUAACAUCUCAUAAGAUGCAGAAGGAUAUCCUUGUGUUCAUUUGUUCUUUCUCUUCCUCUUCUCCUUCCUCCUCCUUCCUCUUCUUCCUCUUCUUCUUCUUCUUCUUCUUCUUCUUCUUCUUCUUCUUCUUCUUCUUCCAGAAUUUCGGUCAACAUUUCGUGUGAUCGAUCACCGACCGUAGCUCAGGCAAUCCAGCUGAUAUCAGCGUCCCAGGCAUAGUAUAGGGCAGCCCUCUGAGCAAUGCAGCAGUUAUUUUGUUUAACAGUGUAGAGCUGUUAGGCCACCAAAUGUUCUCACGCGACCGCUUAUCGAUCACGUGAUCAUCUGGCUCAAGAUAACGCGCCUGGACGUCAAGACCGUUCUUCAACCUUUGGUAUUCAGCCAGACAGUGGGUCGUACUCUUGAAGUCCAUUUCAUAUCGCCACACCUGGAGGUACAACCCGCGGCAGCAUCGAAACAGGCUAGAUUAGGUAUGAUCAUAUACAUACCUAUUGCAGUCUCAUAGUAACGACUCCGCUCUAUGGAAAGAAUUGGCAAACGUUGUGUCCUCCAAAAAGGUGUCAAAAUCUCGGAUGGUUCGGGUUUUCGGUAUUCGGCUCAUUCUGAGAAAAACGUUAUGUUGGUCGGCCUGUUUCUUUGGAUUGCGACCAACAUGCCAGCCCAUAGUUCAGCUCGCCCAUCUGAUAGUUGUCACUUGAAUUUUUAGUAUCUCCAGCUUUGCUAUAUAUAAUUACGGCGCAGCAGAUGCGACACCACCAGUCGAUUUGAGAAUUCGCUGUACCGCCUGAUCCGCAUUAAGUGCAAAAUGUAUGCAUAAAGAGACAAUUCACUUUCCGGUUGGUCUGGCUGCAGGUGUCGAGUUUAGGGCUGUGAAUUGUGUUAACAGGAUAGCAACUGUCGACCUUAGGAUCAGUGUAUAACAGUUGCGCCCAAAGAUCGACCUUUUAAAGGCAAUAUAAAUUCUUGUUGAGUUUGUUGGGCGGUCUUCACGUUUUUUUUUUGUUUUCAACUUUUUACGUUGCCUUACUUCUUCUUUCAGACUCAUCACCCCGCCUCGGUCGGAGACUUCGUCCGAUAUCGAAGUAACAUCAGAUUCUGUUCCAGUAGAUACUGAGCAUCGUAUCAAUUCGACUCGGGAAGGCAGCCCCUCUGAAGAGCCGGUUGAAUUACAGUUUUCAUUUCGCAGCACGGAAGAUGUAAGUGUAGAUUCUGAACACCAUCGUAAAUCGCAUUCUUUGUCGUCUGAAGCCGUUCAUCAAGUAACCUCGCCUGUUAAAGCUGUGGAGGAGCGUUCUCCUAUACCUGCAUUUUUCGCGGAAGUGAUGCCCCACACGGUUCACAACUCCAAUUCAUCCCCUCUUAAAUUGAACGUCGGUGUAGACAGUACUACUGAAACCCCUUCCCAAAAAUCACAAGACCUACAGAUUCCAGCCGGGAACGUGCCCCAGGUAGAUCUGACUAGUGGUGACAGGAUCUCCGAACCGGAAACCUCCAGUUCUGAAGAGGACGAAAUUGACUUUAUUGACGUGGACGAAGUGGCAACCUCUUCGUCCCCCCCUAAUACCACUAUUCUUCUGAACUCAUCGCAAGAGUGUCCCUCUAACCGUGACCUUCAGGAUACAGAGUCUGACAAUAGUGAAUACGAUUUGGAGGAAGUGGCGGUAACCGAUGAAGAGGAAGUCACUGUGAACUCUCAAAACGUCACGAACGUUUCUAAGACCUCUUCCUCGGAAAUACUCGUCGGGUCAGGGGAAGAAGAUGAUUUCGAGCUUGACGACGAUUUCCUUCGCGCCGAGGCUGACCGGUUGGAGCGUCUGGCACAACAGACUUCAAAUGAUGUUAUCGCUGAGGCGCAGGUGAGUGGUGGCAUUCGGUCCAGACCGGAUGGAAACUUUACAUUCGUCUGUCACGUCUUUUUUUGCCUGUGUAUGUUUAUGACUACCGUGAUUUUUUCCCCAUUCAAGAGACUUCUGCUCCUCUUCGGCUUGCCCUUCAUCGUCAGUCCAGAAGAGGCAGAAGCUCAAUGCUGCCGGCUCCAGCAGCUGGGUCUGGUGGAUGUUGUAGCCAGCGACGAUUCCGACGUCUGGCUCUUCGGCGCUCGUCUUGUCCUGCGACAUCUCUUUGGGACCCCAAGGGGCAGUUUCACUGCAUCUUACUCUGUAGAAGACAUUCAUAGGCGGUUGGGUGGGUAGACGCAUUGUCACGCCUUUUGUUCUUUGCAUUCUUUUCACAUCCUUCCCCUUUAAGCUUCAUUCAAACUAGCUUAAGCGUUUUAAGGGCUAGAUCGCAGUUGGUAGCCAGGCGCCGUAUUACAGGUGGCUGGGGGUUUGUUUACUGGGGCUAUUUUAUGGGGCUCCAUAAUCGCAUCUGACCCAUUUGGCUUCCGUUUUACGUUUGAGAUGAGGAUUAGGGUACCGCUUAAUGGUUUCGGAUUUUCGGGUUAGGGUUAUGCUUUUAGGCGUAUGUUUUCGGUUUACGGUUAGGGUUUGAGCGUAGGAAUAGGUUUCAGUAUUACGGUUAGGUUUCUCAGUUACGGCUAUGUCUAAGGGCUACGUUUACGAUUUCAGUUAGGGUUAGGAUUAGUGUUGCCCUUAGGGUUAACGGUUAACGUUUAAGGUUGAGGUUAGGGUUAAGGUCGCCGUCCGCUUCCCCAUUCCUGGCUGCCAACUGCGAUCAAGCCGUUUUAAGCAGUGUCUCACUAAUUUGGCAAUCUAAUUUUUCGCAGGCCUUGAUCGAGCACAGCUCUUGCGCAUCGCGCUGCUGUGCGGCAGCGACUACACAACAGGUGUGCCCAAGAUCGGUACUGUAAAAGCAAUGGAAAUUCUCGCCGAGUUUGCUGAGAAGCCGAGCGAAUUGCCUUCCGGUUGUAUCUCGGAGUUAACACUCAAACGCCAUGUCAACUCCGUGAUAGAGCCACUAGCAAACUUUCGGUAAGUUUUCGCUCAUCCUUUUUCUUGCUCUCUAUGCUUGGGUGUUAUUCUUGCCAAGCUUUCCCACCACUGGGAGCUUAUUUUAGAAUGAAGGCGAAAUUUCGCAUAUUUUAGACCAUGGAACUUCUUGGCGGAUUUAAUAGGCUAAUGCGCUACUGGUUUAAAGCCUGAUCAUCUAAGACUGCAUGAUCUCAGUUGCACUUAUACGAUGCAGAGAUCUUCGAGCGACAUUGAGCUCGCCAUUGUGAGUUGAAAAUAAGAAGGUAUAUUUCUCGAAGCCAGCGACUGCGCCUUGGUGACGCAGGCGGCGUAUCACUCGAGUAGAACUCAAGAAGUUGUAAUUUCGGCUCCGCCCCAGGACGAGAAUUUUCAGCCUUCUGAACUUCAUAUUUUUAGAUAAUCAAUCUUUUGAAAUUUGAACAUCGCGACCUGUACGCUCCAGUUCGGGUUAUGGAUGUAAUGGGGGCUUAAUCAUUUUGAAAGUACGUGUUAAUUUGUAUUUACUCCAUUUCCGCAUUUACCAUAGGUGGCAUCGUAACAGUGGCCUAUUUUUUAGCUAGUUGCAGUCAUUCAGGCAAUGACCGCUAUAAUUGGUAGAAGACCAUUUUGCAGCCUUUACAAGCGUUUUUUCCGCAUUUCCUUUCUAUUUCCACGUGAGCUACUCGUGAAUCUCCCGUUUAUAUUGUGGUUCUUUGGAUGUUCAUCCGAAUAACUGUUUUCGCAGCAACUUACUGCAACCUCGUGCCGUCUUGAUACUGAGGACUUCAAGCGUUCUUCAAGAGUCCCCGUUUCUCCUUUCUCAAUUAUCCCAAUGGCAUGUGCGCUAGGUACUGGGGGAGUGGACCCUUGUUUUAGCUAGCAUGGAUGUUUAAGAACGCCAACCUCAGCCGUACUAGUGUAUAGUACGUCUUUGUAAAGCGCUUUCACCCCGUCAUCAGCGAUGGCACGGGGAGAAAAGGCACAUACCGGUUUGCUGUGAUUAAAACUCUAUACUAGGCCUUCUCCAGAGAUGGACACCUGGCGCAAUGCAAACUUCUUAAUUUCUUUUCUUCUUUAGUACUACAGUCAUGAACGCCGAGCAAAUGCCAAGUCUCUCCAGCAAGUCAUCCCCUUCAAAGUUUAGAUGGCGUUGUAUCAGCCUGCCCAAUGGUAAGAACUUUAUGGUCUCUUUUUGAAGGUUUGCCUCGUAUUACGAUCUGUUGUGCACUUUCGGUGAUAGGAGGGGACGUCCGGAAGAUGGGAUCCGUUUAUUUGGCUUACCGAGUAACAGUGAUCGAUAGCCCGGUCCCUCGCUAACUCUCAAGUCGUACCACUUCCGUGUACCCCUCGCUGUUACGGACGCUCGUAGACAUAAAAGGCAAGGGGCGAGGAGGAUUCCGCUAUAGACUGGUCACACAGGCUUUUUAACGCAAUCGAGACGGAAACUGACCUUAAGGUUAGUAAUUUUCGAUUCCAAAAAAAGGGAAUAGUGACAAACUGUAAAAAUGGAUUGCGAAUGGAAUAACUUUUAAAAAAGACUGUAAAAUAAAACAUAACGAAGUGGUCGCUAUAAAACCAACUUUUGCUAAAGUACUGCAUCUUCAUCAAAAUGCAAUUUCCCCGGUCUUUACUCUUAACUCCUAGCGUUUGCCACAUCAAUGCAUCUGGACCGUGACCAUUCUGUUGAUUCGUAAACAUGAAAUCUGAUAUCUUGGGGAGGAGGAGGGGAAAACCAGCCAUUGCAUGCUUGGAUAUGGGAGGCCUUCUUAUGCCGACAAAGCAUUAGAGUUGCAAGGGAACCAAAGUGGUACAGUAUGGGACCACCAGCAGCGGGACCGCAUGAUUACUAUAGCGAAAGUAUUUUUGGGUGUCCCAAGGUCAUAAAUUGCUUCUCUCAGGAGCCGACAACUGAUAGCCUAAACCACCAUGAUCCUGUCUGAAGUAGAAGCAGUGCAAUCGACUAGAAUCUGUGGUCGGCGAUUGAGGAGACAAUACACUUUUCUACAUCCUGCUUUUAAAUCUUUAAGCGUUUCCUUCCUUUUUUAGACUUUCCCAAUGCAACUGUUGUGGAGGCCUACCUUUCGCCAAACGUAGACUCCUCAACAUCCAACUUUCUGUGGACCAAGCCUCAAGUCUCGGACCUUGUAAAAUAUCCUUUUUGCUUUGAAUCAGCGCAAGAUAGGCGUUGUAAUCUAGGCGUACUGCGAAUGUGCCAGCCUCUACCCUCACAACAUGUCCGACUCAACUCUCCCACCCAUCUGAAUACUGACUCCUUCAACUCAGGGUCGCGAAAAAGCACUUAGGGUACGGUACAUUCUGAAGCUGAGUUGAGUUGCAAUAGUGGUAAGCGCAGACCGAACUCCCAAGUUAACUCACUCAUCGUGAAAUGAUGGUUUUUGACGAAAAAUUUCCUUGACAGCCUGUUGAGUUCACGAGAAAUCAUCUCUGAACUUGUACUUUCUCCGCAACACCAACUGGGAGUGUUGUUCACCGAUAUGUCCUGUGUUGUCGUGGAGCUCUGACGCAGAGUACUCAUAGGUGAUCGCUUAGAGGCAAACGACCAGGCAACUUUGAGUAUUCCUGAUCGCAGUCGAAAGCGAGAGCCCCUGCUACAGUGGUAAAUCGUCUUCUCAGGGGCAAGCUAGAGCCGCUUUCAAACCUCGGGCUUUGUCCGUCUGGACUUUCGAUACGUUAGUUUGACAGUAGAUUUUGACGAUAUGGGCGCAAGAGGACGGUGACUUGCACGUGAAUUAUUUUAUGUUGACAGUAGACACUUUCGCGACACCAACCGCGCUCCUUAGUCCCUCUGCUACCGGGGCCCGGUGUCAAGACAGAGUCAGGCAGACCAGAAAGUGAUCAGGCGCAGAUGAAUGGCGCGGUGUGAGCCUGCGCCCAGGCGUGCCACCACAGCCUCGCGUGUGACAUUUUUUGUGGACGCGCAUCCUCAAUAACGCCUGUUGUGCCCACAUCUGGCCUCCAUAUUGGCCUAGCGCAUCUACUGCAGAUCCCUUGUAGGGCAAGGGCUUUUGACACGGCUUACCGUUGACGUCUAUCAGUUCGGAAACGCCUGUUUCAUCUUCUGUUGGCAACUAUUUUUGCAUGAUGUCUGUCUUUAACCUCCAGGUAUGAUUAAUUUUAAUUACGGAACGAUCAUUUCUUAUAUUAUAUCUCGUUCCUUUGGAACAGACUAUUUGAAAAAAGAGUAAGACUGACUUAUAUGGCCCCCUAAAUAGGACACGGGAAUAGAAACGUCCUGCUCAAGUAAUAAAGGCGGACCUGCGCAUUAUUCCUGUUAUGACCCGGAAAAAAGGUAAGACAGGAAGAUUGCCGGUUCGGAGGGAAAGCCCCUUAUUGGCAACUUGCAGACACGAGGGGUUACAACUCGUCAGCAAGAUGCGCUAUUUAUAUCGGCCCCUGUGCGUUCUGGAACAUUCCGUCCAAUGACGUGCCAGCCGCUGAGGGCCUUUUAGAAUGUUCCUGUCCCCAGCGUGCUGGUCGCUGAUUGGUCACCGCGUGCGCGAUAGCCCCCCCCCCCCGCGGAAACGUCUGGAAUGUUCGACCAGCCAUUGAUUGGGCCGCACACGUGGGCAAAGGCACCACACGUGUUCGGCGCGCUGCAGUGCAUGCCGGUCGGCCGUCUAACGUCGCGCAUGUCUCACGCCGCCGACAUGGUCCCCUGUUCAGCGCCCUAGGCCUUGGCUCUACGCCGCCUGCACUCUCCAUAACAAUUCCGGAAAGAGCGAAUAUUCCCGUUUCCUGACCCCAACAAAAACCCUGGUAUUAGACUGAACCGUUAUCCUAAUCUUUACCCUGAUCCUACCCUAAACCUUAACUCUGCAGUUACGCUAGCCCUUGCCUUAACCCCAACUCGAUCCUGAAUUAUCUUGUCGUUAACGUUAUAAUCUAGCCUUAAACCUAAUCCUUAACCUAACCCUAAUUUUGCUGGAGGUUUGCUCAACACCACUCCUAUUGCAGGCGGUUUCUGUUCUCAUGUCCUCUUUAGGGGAGCCAUAUGAGUCAGUCUUAACAAGAAAAGUGAGAUUUCUCCUGUGAAGCUUCGUUAUUUGAAAGUUUCAACAAUGUCACUUGCCUGUGCCAAAACUCAUGAAACACUGACAUAAAUCCUUAAAUGUGUUUUUAGGUAAAAUAAAAAUAUACAUCUGUGACGGAAGGCACUCCAAGAAUAUUCCAAGGAAAGAAGGACUAUCCAGAAUCAUACUUAUCAAUAAAUUUUUGAACAGUUCAAAACAGCCCGUCGAUUUUCCAUCAGCGCGGCGAAGAACAACAUAUUUUCAUGCCGAUUCUCUGGCCAGGCAGAGACACCCCUCGGCGUUAUUAGUUGCCAUCUUUAAGCUUUAGGUGUGUUUGGCCGGUCGAGGCGAAGUGGCUGCCAAAUACGUCCUUUGCAAGUUUUUCGCAAGCAUCGGAAGAUAUCUAUUGGCUCGUCGCGAUGUCUCCAUCGUCACAAACUCCACUCUACACUCCGGUCCUCUGUCCGGGGUGUCCUUUUAUACGUCUGUGAAUGUUUGAUGCACCUAAUCGCAUCACCAGCUCGUCGACAGUCGACCGGAGCAUGAAAGAAGAAAGAGAGAGUAAGGCCGACAUUGCGGAAUUUGUCCUCACUGGCACGCUCGAGUCUAUCACGACUCAUUAAGAACGAUGGCUCAAAAGUCUAUCCUGUCAGUUGGCAAUUAGAUCCCUGUGGAUGUAUUUUGAAGUAAAUUGGGAACUGAACUUCAGGCUGUAGUAGAUCCUUUCUUAUAUGCCCUUUAACUGUAACGAUAGUGUUGUCUGCGUAUCGGGGCGAAAACUCAGGCUCUUAGUGGUUGAAAGCGAACUUUUCCGGCUCUUAUAGGACCAAUUCUGAAAUUAGACUGGAUAUUGAGGAACCAAUAGGCGUUCUGUUCUAGGGACAGUGAUUGGCUUUGUAUAGGCACCGAGGCCCGAUCGGAAAAGCAUAUGCUGCAUGGUUAUUUUUAUGAUUUAGAUUGCUCGCAUAGUUGGAACGGCUUUCAAUAAGAAGCAAACUUGCUGUGAUGUAUUAUUUUUGACUAUGCUUAUUAGCGUUGCAACCUCGCCUAGUCACUUUUUGUUUAUUUAGGGCUUUAUUUUUGGGUUACGGUCGGUUUUUCGUGAGCUAGCCUGUUGUGGUUAUUUUAACGAAUUGCCUUCAAAGCAAUCGAACCGCGUUUUGCUGUCCGAUUUGUGAAAUUUUCAACUGUGCCGUUAAUUGUCAUUAGUUCAUUGUGGAAGUUAGCUGUCUUCAAGGCCAAACGUGUGUAUCUGAAUAGCAAAUUUACGUUCCAACGACUAAGUGGUAAAAUAAACGAAGAGAGUUUCUUGGACACUCUUCACUCCCGGCGCAUUAUGCACCUCUGUCCUAACAGACUUGCGUCCUAUAUUUCCUUAACGUUCUGCUCGCGCCCUAACGUUUGCUGUUGAGAGGUUAGGCUGGAGCACGGCGACCAGUGAGUCCACCCUUUCUUCAGUGUUUGAAAAGUUCAACAACUCCGCCCAUGGCGCUAAGCAAGCAACUCUGAUAACCGACUUCUUCCCCCGCAGUCCUUUGAAAUCGAAAGAACCCGAUGAACUUCUCUCCUCCAAGGUUAGUUACGUUUUGAUGAGUCUAGGACCGCAAGUACACCUCUUGUAUCUGAUAUGCAUGCUAUUUGUGUCUAUGCCCUUAUUGUAUAGGGUGUACACACAGCCGGUACAACCAGUUGCUGCAUAGUUGCCCGACCUGACCUCUAAUAGGCACUCAGCUCUCAUCUGUGACCCCGAGAGCUCGUGUUUCACGCUGCAGUCGAAAUUUUGAAAUAUGUUCUCGAUUCGAAAAGAUAUCAGUAAUCAUGCAGCAUAAUCCUAUAAUAUUUCAGUCACACCAAAAUGCCGGCUUUUAAAUGAGCUUUUUCUUUUCGACUGUCUGCAAAAACACACAAUAAAAGGACUACUUAAGCAGUGUGACAUUUGCCUACUUAUUUUCGAUGUCCUUGUACAGGUACACAAAAGUAUUCGGCUAGAUCGCAGUUGGUAGCCAGGCCCCCUAUUACAGGUGGCUGGGGGUUUGUUUACUGGCUUCCGUUUUACGGCUGAGGUUAGGAUUAGGUUACCGGUUACUAGUUUCCGAUUUUUGGGUUAGGGUUAUGCAUUUAGGCUUAGGUUUUCGGGUUACGGUUAGGAUUUGAGCGUACGAUUAGGUUUCAGUAUUACGGUUAGGGUUUUCAAUUACGCCUAUGCCUAAGGGCUACAGUUACCUUUACGAUUUCGGUUAGGGUUAGGGUUGCCGUUAGGGUUAACAGUCAACGUUUAAUUUUGACGUCAGGGUUAGGAUUAGGGUUAGGUCGCCGUCCGCUUCCCAUUCCGGGCUACUAACUGCGAUCUAACCAAGUAUUCUUUCGUGUGCCCAUUUAGUAGUAGAGUAUUUCUUUCUCAAAUUUUAUACCCAAAGAAAAUGUAUAUUUCGGUUUUAAAAAUUGUUCCAAAGUGUGUGAUUUUUUAAGUUCAUGAAAUGUCCAUGCAGCAUCGCAUCCACUAAUGCUGCUUAUAAAGCAUACAACCUGGUUCACAUCCAUUGUGCCAUUUUAUGAGUACUAUAUGACGUCUUCCUGACGGGUUAGAGAAAUAUAGGUCAGAUUUGGUUAUGUGGCCGUACCCGAGGGUAACAAACCCCUGCCACCUGUAAAACGGGGCCGGUGAUAAUAGGGAUUUUCACAGGUGGAGCCGGGGAACGCACAGACGACGACGUCAAGUAAUUGUAUGCAAAAGAAAAGCUACCGGGAAUGCACGGAUGUACUUUGAGUGGUCCGGAAAUAGUUGCCCUAACCAUAACCCCUAACGCCAACCCCUAACCCUUGGCCGUAGCCCUAACCUCUCACCCUGAAACAUCCAACGCAAAAGUUAGAAGGAGACGACAGGCUGAAAGUCAAGAAGGACCACCGGCAGUGGGCCAAAAAAGUAGACACGGCAACAAACAAACAAGGCCACCAACAGAACAGAGAACGCAACGCUCAGCAACACCAUGCCAACGUACUCACGCCUCCAUUCGUAAUCACACCAACUCAAACUAAUUAAGUAUGUCAACAGUGCUGUGCCCAUAAGGUGCAGCUGCAUAACCACAUCUUACCGAAAUGUGUAAUAUUCAUUUGCCGGAAUGUGUCUCUGGAAACCCUGAAUGCGAGUGUAGUGGCAGAUGGAGCGAAAGAUUACUCUGGAAUCGGAGAAGUUUCUAAAAACCGGAAGCUGUUCUCUCUUCAAAUAUAAAAUUUGAAGAAGGCAUAAUUUGCCACCAAAUGAGCACACGAUUUCUACAAAAUGUAAUUGAAUUUAUAUGGACAUCGAUAAUCGCUGUGGAAUUUUCAUACUACUUAAGUAAUCAUUUUUGCAGAGUGUUAUUGUAGACGGCCGAAAAGAAGCUCUUUCAAACUCCGGUAUCCUGACGUGACUGAAAUAUCUCAUGCUUAUGCUGUAGAUCAUUAAUAUUGCAACCUUACUUGAGUAAUCUUUUCAAGUCGAAAACAUUUCGGAAUUUCAGUUAACAUUUUAUGAGAUAGCGCAUCUAUUAGAUAUUAGAGUGAUCCUCUUAGUUUAAAGGAAAAUUAUUGCAAACGAAAACAUUCCCGUUUUCCGCAUUUUAACUUUCAGCAAGAUGUAGCUCAAAGCACAUACUUAUGGAAGCAGGUUAAUUGAAUGACUAUAUCAGUUUCGGCAGGAAAUGAAACUUUACGCGCGACUUUCUCCUGAGGUUUCCCAAUGCUAAGCUAGAUCAGACAGAGUUACUGAGGCUAGGGAGCAGCAGUAACAAAUUUUCUCAUCAGCCCGGAUCCAGCCGUUUUGGAUUGCUAGCCCCGACGUGGAGCGCAUGCGUGCCUCCGGGUUUUGUCCGCCAGCAGCCAAUCAACGAAGGCCGCAUCAUCGAUUUGCCUCGAGCUCUUACCGCACGCGUGACUCAAGCAGCGAACUGGUAGGGGAAUUUAGGUGGGUCGAAGGCGGCAUACGUAAACGGCUGCGCUAACGACCAGGGGGUGGACUGUCACAGCUUGUAUGACUUUUUUUCCAACUGAAGUAGUUUUUGGUUAAUGGGGUGGUCCACAAUGGUUAGCUAACGCGUCAACGAUAAGGGGUAUUAAAAUAACGGUAAGAUGUGGUUUGGUAGCCCCACCUGAUGGGCACAAUGCUGUUGGGGUUAGGGGUUAGGGCUAAAGGUUAGGGUUAGGGGUUGGGAUUUAAGACUAGGGGUUAUAGUUAGGGGCUAGGGUUAGGGAUUAGUGCAACUAUUUCUCAACCACUCAAAGUGCGACCGCGCAUCCCCAAUAGCUUUUCUUUUGGGUUAGAUCGCAGUUGGUAGCCAGGAAUGGGAAGGUGCACAGCCAGGUCCCUGUCGUGCGGGAAUGAUGGGAAAGGGGGUUUUAUGGGUCGGGUAAAUGGAAGGGCUGAUAGAGGAAUGCCGGAGUUUUUGGGUAAAAGUAAAGUUACCAGGGAAAGUGCUGAGGAGUUUUAAGUAGGUGGAAUAAUGGCAGAAAUUAAACCCUACGCUUAAUCCUAGAAUCCAACCAUGGCCGCAACCCUAAGGCCUAACCCUAGGCCUCGAAACCGAAACGUAACCAAAAUCCUAAAACCUAACGCUAACCCAAAACCUAGCCAUAACCCCAACCUUAACCGUAAUCCUAGCGAGAACCUAAAACCUAACCCUAACACUGAAACCUGACCUUAAAACGCAAACCAUAAUCCUCAAACUUAACUUACGACUAACCCUAACCCUCACUUAACCCAACAGCCUGACCGAAACGGGCGACCCGCAUAGCUCAGUAAGAGGACACCUGCUGAUAACAAGUACGUACUUCGACAGUAUCAACGUAUAAUGUCUGGCUACCAACUGCGAUCUUACCUUCUUUUGCACCCAACUACUUGACCCCGUCGCCUGUGCGUUCCCCGGCUCCGCCUGUAAAAACCCUUAUUACCACCCGUCCCGUAUUAGAGGUGCCUGAGGUUCGUUUACUUCAGGUGAGGCUGCCGAACCACAUCCGACCAAAAUAACCAUUUCGUACAUAUUUCCCGUCAUCUUCCGGCCAUACCUUAGCCCCAAACGACUAUCUGACACGUUAAUGCCAGCCAUCUGGUCCUCGAGCAUAUUUGUCAUCAUCCAUGUUUUUUCUGCUUUCACCAUAAAUCUUCCUGAAACUCCUCCCAAUCUAUACUGCCUACUUGGUUCGGAGAUUAGUUAUGCCAAAGUCACAGCGUAAGGUCUUGCUUUGAUGCAAUCGGAAUAUUCAGCAAAAAUAACUGCAUAUGGCAUGGCACGGUGGUUACUUCAAAUGCCUAGUAACAAUCAAAAUUAGCACAAACAUUUUAUAUAGGUGACAGUUAUUAGUCCAGUUCGUCAGUCCUUAACUUUUAUAUUUCUGGGUAGUUUAUCGUACCCGCUACACUCCACUAGGCGAGCUUUUGUGUCCCACAUUGCAACACCCCCCAACUAAUUUCUCAUUCCCAGGCGACUGCUACGCGGUUUAAUCCCGUCCUUGAUAUGUAGGAAAAUCCACACUCAUAUACAAAUUCUUCUUUUUUCAUUUUCUGUGCAUGUAUACGUUCAGAGGACCGCUCGCCUGGCCGUUUCCUCCCAGAAACUCAGGUAUGCCGCUGAAUUCGCCGACGUCUUAAGUAAGGAUGAUGGCACCUGGCUAAAAACGCCGUCAGUGUCAUCCACCAAACCGCCGACGCCGGAAUGUUCCGUCUCAACGGUGAACGGCUCCGAAAUUUGUCCUAAUCGGCGGCGGCGUUCACAUCCGGAACGUGGUAUGACCCUACUUUUGCUGCCACACUUACUUUCGUGUUUUUAUCCCGUUCACCCAUUUUUCCGUGUCACCUGAGUUCACUUAUAUGAAGUAACCGGAACAUUACUUUUCAAGACUUUACUCAAUCCCGUAGAGAACUUAAAAAAACUAUGCGCUGUAUAGAGAGGGAAGUCGCAGCCUGGUUUUAUAAUCAAUUCUUUUUCGACUUGUCGUCGUAUGCUGACUGGUGCUGCACGAAUAAAAGCACGUGGCCAAGAGGUUUUUAGCCCUAUCAUUAUGGAAAAGAGCGUUGAUUAGAAUUCUAGUCGUGGUACACACCUUCACUCAUGGUAGAAACCGGUCACUGGGCGACCGACAAUUUUUUAGGCUUUGUCUACGAUCGCCUGCAGUCCAGCGUUUUGAGUCUCGGCCAAAACAGGCAAAGCACGACUGAUGGUAAUAGUAAAACUGCUGACUACUUCAUCCUUUUUAUGAACCCCAAGACCGUCCCAAUUCACAAAAGACUGACUGUUUGCCGCCACCCCUAGACAUCGCAUUUUCCUUACUAUGAGCUCCAUUUUCAGCUUAUGAUCACUCAAAAUCAUGAAGUAUUCAGCAAUAGUUCGAGGCCGACCUGAAACUCAAAGUAAUCCAAAACAAACGAAAGGUGUAAAUUAAUUUAACGGAAAAAAGUUCUCUAUAAACACAAAAUCGUAUGUUUACGAUCACGCCUGUCGGUUCUAUUUAAAUUUAUUAGUCACCAACUGGCCUCAUGGCAUGUCACCUUAUGAAAACUUUUGUUCCUACGACGUCCCCAUCGGCGAAAUCAAACAAAAUCCAGCUUCUCUUGGUGAACCCCAUCUCAUUUAACUCCAAAUAGUCAAGGAAAACACGAAAUACUAGAAAACUGUUUUGGAAUCUACACUCAGAGUGUAGGCAGUUGGCAAACCGUCAUAUAUGAAUUCACACUACUUAUUAGACGAUAUUUAGAUGUAAACUCUACUGUAACACUAUUAUUAGACGUUAUUUUAUGUCCACCUUCAUAUUUACUGCGUUUUUUGGUACGAGAAUACAUUCUAUACAUCUAAAAACGAAAUGUACUUAAUUAGAACCAUUUUUGACGUUUUCGGGAUGUUGCGCUUUUCAAAAUAAAUCGACAUUUCUAAACAACGCAACACUGCUUUUAAUAUUUCUUUUGUGUUUUCGAUUCUUUUAAACUUGUAAUUAAUUAACAUAGAUAUUUGACUCAUAAAAUGGUGUCGGUUUGCGAGUGGUUGGCAAUCAUUCGUAAAUUUCGACACACUUCAUGAGUUAGGUCACUAACUGUAGUGGCUGUGGCCCGCUUUUUUCUCCGUCACGACUGAUUGGGUAACUCUGUUCUAUGGACUGGGAAAUGGAUUUCGAUGAAUCCUUAAUUUGAAGACUCCCAUGGCUGCGAUUCCAGUAAAUUAAGUUAUAUUCAUGUGGUUUUAUGAAUCAGCCUGCGUAUGGCAACUUUUUGGUCUGUUCGGUCGUUGCGCUUGGGCCAUUUCCGGCCAUCCUGGCCUUCUCUUGUCGCCUAAACUCAAGAGCUGUGUGAGGAAAGAGUUCGAUCGAUGCCGCGUAAGUCUCUCGAUAUUUCGAAAAAAUAUGCAGGUCACUGUAGUUCGUGGUUUUCAAAUGAGCCGUUUUCGGGGUUACGUCGAUGUUGAAGUGUGCCGGAGUCAUGUAGCGUCUAAGAGGUGAGGGUAUACUCAGAGCUCCACAUUCAUCAGGCCAAAUUCCAAGUUGUAGUGAAAACACCGAAGUCACCCUUAUUUGUUGUCACACAUAAGUGGCCGUGGCCGAAACCAGGGCCGGUGCUGACGGUGUCCAGUCUUGCCUGAGAGUUAGUGAGGCUUUGGUGACAGCUGCUUUCUGUGGGGCAGGCUCGAGUAGUGUCCGAUUGGCAUGUGUUUUAUUCGCCGGGGUGUGGUGUUCAAUUGGCUCAUUGGCAGCUGCGACUCUGCGGAUACACGUGUCGCAAUCACUACCUCUCCAUGCGCAACCCUCACCAGCACCAGCGUAUCUGAAGAGCUUGACUCACCGUUUUUCACUUACGAACGCCAAAUAUAGAGGGUAAAAAAGCUGUCUAGAUGCCUUAAGGGAAGGUAUCUAGUCAGGUUUUUUACCAACAUCCAUCGCCGCCUCCUGGUUGGCGGUGGCGCCGGAUUCAAUCCAGCAGCACGGAACGCAAACCUCGAUCAAUAAAAAAACGUGCCCAAAGCACCACAGUCGUCUUCCAUGGCUGACCCAACAUAUUCUUUCCAUUUUCUCACAGCGACGACAGCCUGUCGCAUUCGGGACAAGGUCCGUGUACUUCACUUGAGGCAUCAUUUUCAGGCGGUGGUCGAAGACCUUCAACUUCCCCUUGUUUUCUAUGCACAUAGCUCAGCAUUAACGACCCUGGAGACAGACUGACGGGACCGGUGCCCUUUACACUCCGACUUCGAUGAUUAAUGGGGUCUCGCACGUGGUCCAUAAGCACCUUCUAAGGCGUUCAAUAGGUGAGCAAGAGGCAUAGAUUACGAUGAGACGUUAGGCACCGCAUUACAGGUAGCCAUGUCCUAAAUUCCAAGGGGGAAGGGUUAAAAUUAAGUAUAUCAAGGUUAGUGCUGGGAUUGGGGCCAGAUAGGUUAGGGCUACACAAGUGGAAUUUUUUUUGUAGGAGUUUAUAUUCCCGUUCCCGAUUGAAUCUAGGAGUGCAUACACUCCAGUGUGCAUUCGCGUGCUUAGCACCACACGUGCCUCGCGCACUGGACACCGAACGGCCCCCGCCUGUUGCCUCGGCUGCCAAAAUAAAUUGCCUCCGGCCCUCCGUACGCGCCCUUCGCCGCCAUCACGGUGGUUUAUUGACCCGUUGCCGUUUGCGCCUGGGCGGGCACGUGCCUUCCAGCGCACGCCGAUUGGUCUGCAUGCCUCCCCUGCCAUAUCAUUUCCCGUGUUCUGGAAUGCCUUUCAACUUUUCCCUGCACCAUCAUCUCAUUGCACAAUGCAACCGACGGGAUUACCACUCCUCACAUACUUACGAUGAGUCACUAGAAAUUCCCGUGGUUGCUUCAUUGAAAUUCCAUUUUAGACAGUAUAUCCCGCUUUCUGGGACUAGACGUUUUGCCUAAAGUUUCCAGCUGGUGAGUCACCUAACUGAGUAGGCAACUCUUGACUCUUUUCCCGGCGAUCCUUCGAGGAAUUGUCUGCCUCUUACACAACGGCCUGCAUUCUACCCCUUUGAUGUGUACUUUUAAGUCAUAAGUCAUUUGCCAUGUUGUGGGAGCUCACCACAACUCCGACUUCUCUGGCGACAAGCAUACGACUAGUGAUAUGCGCUGAGAAACUCGACUUUGACUACAAUGGCCCUGUUGUUUAAAUUCAAACUGAAUUCAACGAUGUGUGGACCACUGACAUCAGGCGUCCAAUAAGGAAACCGAAAGCUCCACUGUCAUGGCACGAAACAUCUGUAGUCGUAUAUCGGGUCUGAUGCAGUUGCGGAAAAGCAGCUAGGUCGGAGGAACCGGAAGACUACCCCGAACGUGAAUGGCCGAACACGAAGGAAUGACGCCACCGCUGAAGUUGAGGCUCAUUCGACGAGAUCUGGCCACACAUUAAAAUUCAACCAGGCCGAGACUCUAGCCACAGGUGACAACCGAGUGAGCCUUGAGCUGUUUG